GUUGUUUUCAAGUUUUCGAUUUUUCCACACACACAACACUGAAAUGGAAACCAAGAACCCCGAGUUCUAUGUGCGCAACGGCUUGGACGAUGAGUUCGAUAGCUUCUGGGACAAGGUCAGUUGCUUCGCGGCCAACUCCUUUCCCUUCGAGGAGCGGUGUGCCUUUGUGAAGAAGGCCAAGGACUGCAAUCGGAGCACCAAUGUGGUGCCCUACAUGAGGAUCAUGGCCUGCGAUCUGAAUUGCGUGAAUGACUUCGAGCAGCUGAUCUUCCUCACAUUGUUCUUGGCGUUCUGCUUUGUGAUACUGCUCCUACUGAUCCACGUAUGCAACAAUUACUACAGUCCAGCUCUGAAGGCCGUAUCAAGGAUCCUCCGCAUGAACGAGCACGUCGCGGGCGUGACCUUGUUGGCCUUUGGAAACAGCUCCGCCGACCUGUUCUCCAACCUGGCCAGUGUUAAGGCGGAUGUGCCCGUUUUUGCCAAUAGUCUGGCCGCCGCCCUGUUUGUGUCCAUGGUUUCGGGGGGGCUAAUCUGCUACAUGUUUCCCUUCAAGAUGAAUGCCUACGAGAGUGUUCGGGACAUUUUGUUCCUUAUCCUCGGAUCGAUGAUGCUUCAAUACUUUCUGGAAACCGGUCAGCAAGUUUCCGAGUCGGAAUUCAUAUGUCUGUCUCUUAUAUACAUUUUUUACAUAUUUGUGAAUGUGGUGGAUGUAUAUCUUAUCCGGAGGGCCUUAAUCUCAACAAAUGCCCAAAUCGAUGCGCUGUUGGAAGGGGAAAUGACCCCGGUGAAGAGAAAGAAACUGAGCGAACUGGAGAAACAGCAGGAGAUUUAUACCCGCGAUAUAGAAGUGGAGAUAUUCGAGAAGAAAAACUCGGGUCCGAACAUUAACAAGAUGCGGUACACGACCUUGCGAAUGGCCCGAAACACUCGCGUAAGCGUCGACAAAAAAGUAACCCGGAAUGUGAAGCAUAACAGGGCGCAGGGAAAGAAUUUUGGAAUAUGCAGGGACUUCUACUUGGCCAUAAGACCCAUUACGUGCGAGAAGUGGCGAAAAGCCAACAUGAUCGAGCGGGCCAUAAUGUUGGUAAGAACGCCGGGCGUAAUCCUGUGCAUCAUCUACAUCCCCCUGGUGGACUACGAAAUGGACAAACAUGGCUGGAACAAGCUCCUGAAUUGCCUUCAGGUAAUGCUAAAUCCGGCCAUGUCCAUUAUAGUCAUCAAAGCUUUGUUGAGCUCUAGGGGCAACUCGUUGUGGUACGUUGCCAUAACGAAGGAGUACAUAUACGGACUUUACUCCCUUCCCAUAACCAUGCCAAUAGCCAUUUUUAUGUUUUUCCAAUCCCGAACCGAUGUGCCACCAUUUUACCAUUCGGUGUUUACCGUAAUGAAUUUGACUGGCUCCAUGUUUAUGAUCUUUAUUUGCGCCACGGAAAUAGACAAGGUCCUGGAGGUGCUUGGACAUAUAUUGGAGGUCGAAGACGACUUUAUGGGCGCCACGGUGAAGGCUUGUACGGGCAGCCUGGGUCCCCUAAUCGCCAACAUCGCAAUGGCCAUGCACGGCUAUCCGAAGAUGGCCUAUGCCUCGGCCAUCGGAGGACCUUUCUUCACCGUCGUCUUAUCCGCGAGCACUGUGCUGCAUGUCCGAAACCUAGUUGGCUUCAAGGUCACGAACAUAAGCCAACAGGGCAAUUAUGGUGGAAAUGCUUUUAUUUUUCUAAAUUUGGGACUAUUUCUAACACUUCUCUGGUCCACAACGCUGGGCUUUUUCGCUAGACGAUCCGUCGGUAUCUUUUGUAUCGUCUUCUACGGUGUCUACUUGCUUUUUGCUAUCCUAAUCCAUAAGAAAGUCAUACAUUCGUUUUCUGAGGACAUGCCACUUCAAGCCGCUUUCGGAGAUAUCUAGGAGGCAAAAAUAUAAAUUCUGGGUAUUUUAUUAAUGAAUAAAUAAAAUAUUUUUAAAGUUUA